UGGAGGGAGAGUAUCUAAAGGAACUAUCAAAAAGCGUAGAGACCUUGGAUAUCAAAUGGUAUAGUUCAGUGCCACUGAAGACGGUCCCUGGAAGCAUCAAAGAUUUUCUUAAUUUGACCCAGGAGUUUGUUGAUGAGUUUAGAAACAACAAAAACAAUUUGGGUGUUCCCAUUCGUGUAGAAUUGGUGCCAGUUAGCGAUUUGGACAGUGGUCAACAGGUGUAUCUUAAAAACAGACUUCUAGAUACAAAACUAGACGCUCUCGAAGAAAAGUUUGACGAUCUCUUGGCUACGAGAAAAGCCAUUGUUCAGUGGUUGGGAAAUAUCAACGUAUCUUUAACUGAUGAGCAAGAAGAAGAGAUCGGGGCAUUUAACGCAGAUUUGGAAACCGCACUUGGAUACUUCUACAAAGUAAUUGGAAAGUUAGACUUAUCACGUGAUGCUACGCAGCUUGACGAAGCCUUCAGAGCAUACUCUCAACCCCUCGAUGCUCUUAUUCCGAAUGCUUACUAUCGGAAGUUCCAAAAACUACGAAGCAAAAUAGAAAAUGACACAAACACAAUAGAUCGCCUGAUAAAACAGACUGCUGUCUAUAUCCACUGGGGAAAAAUAAAUUGCACCGGACUCCGUGUAUCUACCACUUACAGUGGAUACUCAGUAGGGCCAUCUGCAGAAACAUUUGGGGGUGGAGGAAACUUCCUCUGCACACCAGAAAACGGUUCAGUCACGCAUGAAAACAAGCAUCUCAAGAAUGACUGGCUUGUUUCUCUACAUGGAGCUGUAGUUGUUAUUCCAUUGACUGACCAGGAAGGGAAGUUGAAGUGUGCCAUGUGCAAAGAAGAGGGUGCAUCAGAGGUCCAGACUUUCUAUGGAAGAGAGACUUGCCCAAGUGGCUGGGUUCUACGUUACGAAGGUUUCCUUUUAGGAGGAACUAAAAUGUUUGUGUCUGGUUGGUUGUGUGUAGACAAAUCAGCAGAUAUCAAUGACAGUGGACAAGUGAAUAAGAAUGAUUCCAGAUUACAGGGGGUGUUUGCAAAGGUAUAUAGUGAUUCCAGUAAAUUAGUACCAUGUGUAGUGUGCUCACACUACUAGAAUACAUCUAGCUGGCUAGUUUUAGAUGUUAAACAUGGUAGGUAUUGUUGGUAAUUUUCUGUAAGGUUUUCACUAGAUGAAAUGUUGUAAACUCCUAUGAUUUUAACUCUAAAAUUAACAAUAUCCUCUUUAGACUUGUAUUCAGUAUUUCUGUAUAUACAACCUAAAAUCCUAUUUGCCCUACCUCUAGCAACAGCACACUGCCUGGGUGACUUUAGAAACUGAUCGAGUAUUACACCAAGAUCCCUUUCCUUCAUAACACUAUUAAGGUUAUUCCCAUUCAAAUUAUACUUAUAAUUCAAAUUAUGAUAACCCAUAUGCAUUAUCUUGCAUUUAUUAUAAUUAAAACCCA